UAAUAAAAUAAAAUAAUUAAUAGACAGAUUAGAAAAUCAGUACAAAGAAAAAUAAAUCCAGCUCUUAUUGUCCAUAUUUAUUUCUCAUCUUCUACACUAAUCUCGUGAAAACAGAAUCAAAAUCCACAAUCGAACGGAUAAAUGGCGGACGCCGCUGGUCACGGAGGAGGAGGAGGAUGCUGUCCGUCCAUGGAUCUGUUCCGGUCAGAGGCGAUGCAAUUGGUCCAGCUCAUCAUCCCUAUCGAAUCUGCUCAUCUCACUGUCUCUUAUCUCGGCGACCUCGGUCUCCUUCAAUUCAAAGAUCUCAAUUCCGAGAAGAGCCCCUUCCAGAGAACUUAUGCUUCUCAGAUAAAAAAAACUGGUGAGAUGGCUCGGAAGUUGCGUUUUUUCAAGGAGCAAAUGGAAAAGGCUGGCAUAACACCUUCGACCAAAUCUACUGCACGAACUGACAUUGAUAUGGAUGGUCUAGAUAUAAAACUUGGAGAACUUGAAGCAGAGUUGGUUGAAAUGAAUGCUAAUAAUGAUAAAUUACAGCGCUCUUACAAUGAGCUCGUAGAAUUGAAGCUUGUUCUCCAGAAGGCUGGUGAAUUUUUUACUUCAGCAUUAAGCAGCGCAGCUGCUCAGCAGAGAGAAUUGGAAUCACGUCAAGCUGGUGAAGAAUCGUUGGAGACUCCUUUGUUAGGAGAUCAAGAAGCAUCUACUGAUUCGUCAAAGCAAGUAAAGUUGGGGUUUCUCACUGGUCUUGUUCCCAAAAAUAAGUCUAUUGCAUUUGAGAGGAUCAUAUUCCGUGCUACCAGAGGCAAUGUGUUCAUCAGGCAGGCUGCUAUCGAGGAGCCUGUGAUUGAUCCUGUUUCAGGGGAGAAGGUUGAGAAGAAUGUAUUUGCUGCUUUCUAUUCUGGAGAAAAAUCUAAAACAAAAAUACUCAAAAUAUGUGAAGCUUUUGGGGCAAAUCGUUAUUCAUUCACUGAGGAUGUUGGCAAGCAAAACCAGAUGAUCACUGAAGUCUCAGGAAGAAUCUCAGAGUUGAAGACUACCAUAGAUGCGGGAUUGGUUCAUCGGACCAGUUUGUUGCAGACAAUCAGUGAUCAAUUCGUGCAGUGGAACACUAUGGUGAGGAAGGAGAAAUCUGUCUAUCACACUCUGAACAUGCUUAGUCUUGAUGUAACAAAAAAGUGUCUUGUCGCUGAGGGAUGGAGUCCUAUUUUUGCCUCAAAGCAGAUCCAGGAAGCAUUACAACGAGCUGCAUUUGAUUCCAAUUCACAGGUUGGAUCCAUUUUCCAGGUGCUGCACGCAAAGGAAUCACCACCUACAUAUUUUCGCACAAAUAAGUUUACUUCUGCUUUUCAAGAAAUUGUCGAUGCAUAUGGGGUGGCCAAGUAUCAAGAAGCUAAUCCUGGUGUAUUUACUGUCGUUACGUUCCCUUUUCUUUUUGCUGUCAUGUUUGGUGAUUGGGGGCACGGAAUAUGCUUGUUACUUGCAACUUCAAUCUUUCUAAUUAAGGAAAAAAAACUUUCCAGCCAGAAACUUGGGGAUAUCACUGAAAUGGCUUUUGGUGGCCGUUAUGUUAUCUUAAUGAUGUCGCUUUUCUCGAUUUACACUGGCUUGAUCUAUAAUGAAUUCUUCUCGGUCCCCUUUGAGCUGUUUGGUCGUUCAGCAUAUGAAUGUCGCGAUAUUUCCUGCAGGGAUGCUACUACUGAAGGAUUGAUUAAAGUGGGUCCUGCAUAUCCAUUUGGUGUGGAUCCGGUGUGGCAUGGCUCUCGCAGUGAACUGCCAUUUCUCAACUCUCUGAAGAUGAAAAUGUCAAUCCUACUUGGAGUUGCUCAGAUGAAUCUUGGAAUAAUAAUGAGUUUCUUUAAUGCAUUGUAUUUCAAGAGUAGCAUUAAUGUUUGGUUUCAGUUUAUUCCCCAAAUUAUAUUUUUAAACAGCUUGUUUGGCUAUUUAUCACUCCUUAUCAUUGUGAAGUGGUGCACUGGUUCUCAAGCAGAUUUAUACCAUGUAAUGAUAUACAUGUUCUUGAGCCCAACAGAUGAGUUGGGGGAAAACGAACUUUUCCCUGGUCAAAGAACAGCUCAGCUUGUUCUAUUAUUAUUGGCUCUUGUUUCCGUACCAUGGAUGCUGCUUCCAAAGCCUUUUCUUUUGAAGAAGCAACACGAAAAUAGGCACCAAGGCCAGUCAUACAUACCACUCGAGACCAGCGAAGAGUCUCUUCAAGUGGAGGUGAACCAUGAUUCUCAUGGCCAUGAGGAAUUUGAGUUCAGUGAAGUUUUUGUGCAUCAGUUGAUACAUACUAUUGAGUUUGUACUUGGAGCAGUCUCAAACACAGCUUCUUACCUUCGUUUAUGGGCACUUAGUCUUGCCCACUCAGAGUUGUCAACUGUAUUUUAUGAGAAGGUUCUUCUCCUUAGUAUGGGGUUCAACAAUGUACUCAUCCUUAUUGUUGGGGUCAUCAUCUUUAUCUUUGCAACUGUCGGUGUGUUGUUGGUGAUGGAAACUCUAAGUGCAUUCUUACAUGCUUUGCGUCUUCAUUGGGUGGAAUUCCAAAACAAGUUCUAUGAGGGCGAUGGUUAUAAGUUUCUUCCUUUUUCAUUUGCAUUGGUUGGUGAUGAAGAUGAAUGAUGCAUUCACGAUUAGCAUCAAAGUCGGUGGUGCUCAAUGUGCAUAGGUAUGAAAUGAUUUAUCUUGAUAUUUAUUCAUUUGAACAUGAUCAAAUGUGAUCGUUGCCAUUUCGAGCACUGCUCCGUUCCGUUCCGGAUAUUUCUAUUGGAAUGAAUGAGCAGUUUUCUCUGUUUGGCGGGUGAGUUAUUGUGUUGAAAAAUUCUAUCCUACACAUAUUGUAUGUGGCGGUUCUGGCCGAGUGUAAUAAUGAGCAUAUUUAAUUUAUUUCAACCUUUAAGUUAUUGUUUUAUUUAAUAAAUAAAACAUAUAGCCUCAUUGAAAGUUA